AACUACCGGAAAUGUGCGUACGUGCGAAACACUUUGUCGUAGAAAUUGGUGCAACCAAAAUUUUCCAGAAAAAUAGUCUUUGAAAUACUGCGUUUUUCCGUAUGAAUGGACCACAGAACAAGAAAACGUGUGAGGGAAGCAAAGUUAAAAGCUCGACCAGAGUUGAGCUCAGAUCCAGAUGGUUGGUUUAAGCAUGGAUAUCAUGAAACAGUUGACCUGUCAAAGUCCUCUGUUAAAGAUAAUGUGGAAAGAGUAGAUGCUCGAACAUUAACUGUGGAGGAAUUCCAAGAUAAAUAUGAGCGUACCUACACCCCAGUUGUUAUCACCCAUUUACAGGAUGAUUGGCAUGCUGAACAGAAGUGGACUCUAGAUAGGUUGUCCAAAAAAUAUCGUAACCAGAAGUUUAAAUGUGGUGAGGAUGACGAGGGUUAUUCUGUGAAGAUGAAGAUGAAAUAUUUUACACAAUACAUGCAGAAUAAUAAAGAUGACAGUCCAUUGUAUAUAUUUGACAGUAGCUAUGGAGAGCAUGCAAAGAAAAAUCGUUUGUUAGAAGAUUAUCAAGUGCCAAAGUUCUUUCAGGAUGAUUUAUUUAGAUAUGCUGGUGAAGACAAAAGGCCACCUUAUAGGUGGUUUGUUAUGGGGUCAGCAAGGUCAGGGACAGGUAUUCAUAUAGACCCUCUGGGAACCAGUGCCUGGAAUGCCCUUAUUACAGGAUAUAAAAGAUGGUGUUUAUUGCCAACUCAUACAGCAAAAGAUCUGAUCAAAGUAAAAUCAUCAGAGGGGGGUAAACAAAGAGAUGAGGCUGUCACAUGGUUCAAGGUCAUGUAUCCACGCACACAACUACCCACCUGGCCAAAGGACUGUAAACCAUUAGAGAUAUUACAGGGACCUGGAGAGACUGUAUUUAUACCUGGAGGCUGGUGGCAUGUUGUACUCAACCUUGAUGACAGUAUUGCUGUAACACAAAACUUCUGUAGUGUUGUAAACUUUCCAAUUGUCUGGCAUAAAACUGUCAGAGGAAGACCUAAACUUUCAAAGAAAUGGUUAAAGAAAUUACAGGAGGUACGGCCAGAAGUUGCAGCAAUGGCAGAGAAAGUUGACCUUCAGGUUCCGACAGGCUUCAACUCUGACAGUAGCAGCUCUGGGUCAUCUAGCUCUAGUACCUCAGAUUCAGACACUGACUCGGGAAGGGCAUCAAAAAAUAAAAGGAGAAGAGUUUCUCGAUCUGGGUCAAAGGGAAGGUCAGGUUCAAGGUCAGGAUCUGGAUCAAGGUCAAGGUCAGUAACACCCAAUGGCAGCAACCAGCGUCGCGCUCGGCGUUCCUCAUCGUGCAGCAGUGCUGACACGUCAAGCCGAAGUCAUCGCAGCAUCUCAAGUACACCAAAGAACUCCAGAUAACAAAGAAUGGUGUGUAAACUACUUACACACUACUGUUUUAGAGUGCUUUAAUACCGGAAAUAAUGACAAAUGUUCAUAUCUGAAUUUAUCAAUAACAUUUUUUUCAGGUCAUAGUUUUAAAAGUUGUAUUAUGCAUUCAUCUUGGAGUCAUUACAUUUAACAUAGCAAUAAAUUAUGCACUACAUUUCUAGAGGAAGUGACAGUUUCAUGUUUUUUGCAUUGUUUGUUAUUUUUUCUGAAGGAAUCAUUGUUUUUGCAAAUUUUUAUUAAAUGUUUAUCAAGCAGAAUUACAGCUGCAAAUAUGCUUUUAAACAUGUGUUUAUUUUGCCAGUGCUUAUGUGCUAGUGUAACUUGUGUUGAAGUUACUGAAGCUAUUUUACAAGCAUCUUUUAAUGAUUGCCUUGUGAAGUGACCCAAUUUCUUGUAAAGUGACCCAAUUUACUUGUGAAUAUAACCCAAAGAAUUUGUCAUUACUUGUUAUUGGUGAACCAAUUUACGUUUAAUAUACUGUUAUUUUUUUAUGUCUCUUCAAUUAUUAUAAAUUCUCUCAUUCUUUUUCUUUCCAUCCUGCUUUCUGUUACAGUCAUUCUCUGUACUUUGUAGCACCUCAUUGACUGAUAUCUUUGAUGUAUGACAUCUUGGUACUUUCAAUAAGCUUAUACCUUUUGGUUUUAUGUUAUUUAACCAAGGUUAAUUUCAUUGGGGAUGUAUUUUUCCUAAUAAAAAGACCAUCUAUUCUUAUUUAUCGAGCAAUAUUCUGUUAUUGCAAAGGUAGCAAAAGGCUUCACAUGUAGAUUUUUUUUUCAGGUAAUUUUGCUAAAUAACUUAUACAAAUUCCCUCCAUUAUAACUGUAAGUCAGAAAUGACAGUAUUUCCUUUUAUAUUGUAUCAUCUCACAGUUCUCCAGAUGUUACCUAUUGUAUAACAUAAUUUAUAUUUGAUCUGUUCAAAAGAUUUUGUUUGAAGGCCCAUUAUGCCUCAUAAAUGCUUUUUAUUUUUAUUUCAUAAAAGCCUUUUUUUGGUGUACUUUUAUAGUAUCCAAAAUGUAACUCCUUACCCAUUUACCUUAAGCAGGUGGUAUUUUGUUGACUGAGUUUGAUUCAAAAUUGUUGUCUAAAAUACAAAUAUGUAUUUGAACUGGGCAUUAUUGUAAUAAGUAAGCAAAAUUGGAAUUUGUAUAAAUCAUGUGUAGAUGUAUCAUAUCUAAUGAUAUUUCAUAGAUUUAUCUACAGUGGUGUUAGCCAUAGUCUUGUCAAAAAUAUCAAAUAUUUGAAAUUAUCAAGGAGUAGAUUACAUAAGAUAUAGGCAGGAGAUAGGUCUUAUUGGAAUUUAGAAUACUGUAAUUUUGUAUUUUAAUCUUGAAAACUCACAAAAAUAAGAAGAAAAAAAAUCCCACGGCUAGCUCAACAUUUAGGCAAUAUUUGAGCAUAUAAGUUUUAAAUUGAAACUGGGAUUAUUAUAUUAAGGUUAUAUCACAAAUAUAUCAGAAAUAAUCAUUUUAACUAUCUUUAGAAUUCUGAAGGUCAAAGUGAACAAGUUUUAGAUUUUGAAAAUUUUAUUGGUAUUAAUUCUGGAAAUAUUAUCAAAUAUCGCAUGGACUGUUAUUGCUGUUAAAUAAAAAAUAGCAAAAUUCUAUACAAAAAAAGAAAAUUAAAUUUUUUAAGUCUCCGUUUUUGCGACUGUAAAACUCAGCUUGUCUGCAAGUUAAUUUGUGUAUCUGUAAAUGGUGUCUUAUUUUAAAAUUCUGAAAUACUUAAAGUUUUAAAGGGUUUAUAAAUAUGGGAAAAGCCAGACAAAUCUUGUUAAUAAAAACAUUAUUUCAGACAUUUAUCGUAGAAAUACGCCUUCAUAUAAUCACCUAUCGGAGACAUUUACCACUAUCAAAUGUCAUGUUUUUUGGGUGUUUUUUUUUUGUUACCUUCAAUAAUUAAAAUUUUUGUUUCGUUUUUAUAUUCAACAGUUUAGUGUUAAUUCCAUUUUGUCUGUGUCUGGAGUGUAAUUAAAAUGGAAUAUUUAAAUUGAAACUUGUACUUGCUGCUGCUGUCUGAUACUUCUGCAAUAAAGUGAUAUUGAUACUAGAUGAAAUUCUUGAAUUUCACAGUGAAACAUACAAACUUACUAUGAAAUUGAGCGCCACUUUCCUGAGAUUUUUGUCUCUUAAACAUAUGUAUCAAAAACUGUCUGUUAAACUUUAUGAACAAGUAUUUGUGAGGUGAAUUUGAACCAAUCUCAUUUGAAAGUUUAAAUGCUGCUAUUACAAUGUAAGAUUUAGACCCCCUGUCUUAUAACUGAUGUGACUAGUAGAUGAGUAAAAUCAAAACUAAUUCACCAGUUUUACAAAUAAUUAAACAUGGUUAUUUAUAGACUAUAUUAUGAUUGGUUGCUUGUGAAAACUUUGUUAUGAAAGUUGUAAUAGUUUUUCAUUUGCUUGCUUUUAUUCUGUAUUUAAUGUGUGCAGAGUUCAUGUUGCUGAAUUUAAUUUGUAAUAACUGAAUUUAUUGUUUUUCCUUCAUCCUGAUGUUUAAUCAUAAAGGAUGCAGUAGGUAGUAUUUUGGAAAGCUUUAUCAAUUUAUAAACUUUUUCUAGUGAUAUUUUGUCAGAGAUAUUGUGGGGUCUGUGUCACCCAUCAUUACAUAGCAACACCCAGUUUGCAACAAAAAACUGGGUAUCUGUAUGUUUAAGACAUCUUUUAUAUACAUGUAUAAUAUGUCACCAAACCUUAUUGUCAAAGUUACAAGAUUUACAGCACAAAUUCUUAUGGAAUUAGUUACUUUAAAUGCUUUAAAUGUUUUAUUUUGCAGUUAUUUUUAUUUGAUUUCUUUUCAUGUUUUACUUAAAGAUAUCUAUUGAAGUACUAGUAAAUUUUAUAUGAUCAAGAAGAAAUCAAGGUGUUGUCAAAGCAUCACUUAUAUAUAAAUAUAUUAUUUAUAUAUAUAUAAAUAUAUUGGUUUAUUGAAUCUUGACUUAUAAAAUGAGCAGUUGCAAAUACAAGAGACAUUUAAACUUUUGAUUCUUUUUAUUAAAAGUGUUUUGUUUAAGGUCAUAGCUGGUUUUUUUUGCCCCUGAUAAUUGAAGGUUUAAAUCCCUGUCUGAUACUUACUGAUUCUUUCGUGUGAAGAAGAGGGUAUGCAGCUAGCUUUCGGAAGGUUGGUGGUGUCUAUGUGGUACUUAUUUGCCAGCUUGAUCUGACAUUAGGUAACUUGUGAAUGUUACCUGAUUUUCUUUCUUCAUUAUUAAAUCAAGGGACUAAAAUAAACAAUAAGAUACAUUAUAUAGUUAAUUGAUAUUGUAUUGACUUGUAUUGUUUUCUUUACGUACUGUGCGACAUAUUUUUCUUGUCAUCUGUAGAUAAUACACCGUUAGUUAAGAUAUGCAAUCAUUUGUUCAUUCAUAUUUUACUUAAAAAAAUAAAUACUGAAAAA